AUGUCUUUAAAUUACAUCAAGAACUUCUAUGAAGGAUGUCUCAGGCCUCCAACAGUGAUUGGUCAGUUCCAUACCCUUUUCUUUGGCUCAGUUCGAAUGUUUUUCCUUGGUGUUUUGGGCUUUGCAGUUUAUGGAAAUGAGGCCUUGCACUUCAGCUGUGAGCCAGACAAGAGGGAAGUUAAUCUCUUCUGUUACAAUCAGUUCAGGCCCAUAACUCCUCAGGUAUUCUGGGCAUUACAGCUAGUGACGGUUCUGGUACCUGGAGCAAUGUUUCAUCUUUAUGCUGCAUGUAGAAACAUCGAUCAGGAAGAUAUCCUCCAAAAGCCCACCUAUACUGUUUUUUAUAUCCUCUCUGUUCUGUUAAGGAUUGUCCUUGAAGUUGUGGCAUUUUGGCUUCAGAGUCAUCUCUUUGGCUUCCAAGUAAACCCACUCUACAGGUGUGAUGCAGGAGCCCUUGACAAAAAGUUUAAUAUUACCAGAUGCAUGGUGCCAGAACACUUUGAAAAGACAAUUUUCCUCAUUGCUAUGUACACUUUUACUGUGAUUACAGUGGUGUUGUGUGUUGCUGAGAUUUUUGAGAUCUUAUGUAGGAGGCUGGGUUUUUUAAAUAAUCAGUGACCCUGUUGUCAUAUUGAACUACUCCUGUUUAUGUGCCAUCUGUUCUGACUGUUGUGUGUGGUGGAUUUUUUUAUGUACAAUGGAGAUCUCAGUGUGAAACAAAGACCACUUUUUAUGCACCUCUGCAAUUUUGUAUAGGAACUUCCCUUACAUGUGCUUUUUGUAUAUUACUGUUGUCAAAUACAUAACUAAGGGCCAGAUCCAAAAGACAUUUACUGAUGUGAAUAAUCCUUACUCACAUGUAUAGAUUGAAGACAAUGAAACUACACAUAUGAAUGAAUGCCACUUCAAUGCCAUUUAAAGCAAUUUGGUGGGGGA